AAAUUGAUCGUAGUCACACUCCGAUAAUAACGCGGCAAGGUUCACGCGGCAUGGCAGUUAACAUCAAUGAUAAGGCAAAUUCAAGGUCUGUGCGAGAUUCUGAGAGGAAAUCGCUCUGCGUUAUUUUAUAUUCUUUGAGAGAGUUUUCUUUAGGAUGGAAGAUACAGUGGUAGAGACUGCAUUGGGAAGUAUCCGUGGGGAAAUCUGUGAAGAUGUAAGGGGAGGAAGAUUCUAUAGUUUUACGGGCAUUCCUUAUGGAAAACCUCCCGUGGGUGAAUUACGAUUCAAGGCGCCAGUUCCAGCAGAACCUUGGAACGGAAUCAGAGACGGAACUAAAAUGGGUCACCAAGCGAUACAAGGCAAUGUGCUCAGUGGGGAGAUGGUUGGUUCGGAAGACUGCUUGAAUUUAAAUGUUUAUACGCCUCAUGUGUCACGAGAUUCAUUAAACUGUAAUAAAAAACCUGUUAUGGUUUUUAUACAUGGGGGAGGAUUUUUGUCAGGCUCAAACGGAAAGGAUAUGUACGGACCAGAGAUUAUUAUUUCUGGCGGUGUCGUCCUUGUCGUUAUCAACUAUAGGUUGGGAAUUUUUGGUUUCCUAAGUUUGGAAGAUCCCUCCUUAGGAGUUCCAGGAAAUGCGGCAUUCAAGGAUAUGGUUUUGGCUCUAAAAUGGGUCCAGACAAAUAUUUCCAAAUUUUGUGGCGAUCCCACAAAUGUCACAAUUUUCGGCAACAGUGCUGGUGCCGCAGCGGUGCACUUUCUGAUGCUUUCACCAAUGGCAAAAGGCUUGUUUCACAAAGCUAUAUGUCAGAGCGGCUCAGCUCUAAGUAGUUGGGCUUACGGUAUGAAUAACGGAGAAAUCAUGGCUAGGCAAAUGGGAAUUUCAUAUUCCGACGAAAAACAGAUUCUUGACAGCUUGUUGAAAGCGUCAGUCGAAGAACUUUUUAAAGCUCAAGAAGCGAUUGACAAAGAAACUAUUAAAGCCAACAGGUUUCGUUUCAUAGGUGCAGUAGUGGAAGAUUCAAAAACAGAUGGCGAAUUAUUUCUCACCCAGCAUCCUGUUGAAACUUUGCUCUCGGGCAAUUACAACAAGGUUCCAUUUUUAGUGGGAUAUAACUCAGGAGAUGGUAUGAUUUUCGACUCGUUGGUGCCUCCCGAAGAAAACGACAUCUAUUGGAUCGAUAAAGAAUAUAAUGUCCCUGGGUUAUUGUAUUUGAAGAAAGGCAGCGCACUCUCCAAAACACUGGGCGACGAAAUUGUUCGUUACUAUUUCGGUACUGGCAAGAUAUCGCGGGAGACACAUCUCAAGGAGCUUUACAACAUCACUACAGAUAACUCUUUUCUAAGAGGAAUUCUGUAUUCAGUUCAAAAUCACGGCGGGAGUUCCGCCACUCCAGUGUAUAUGUACAAGAUGUCUUUAGAAACAAAUCUGAACUUUUACAAAGCGAUAUUGUCCAUCGAGUUGCCAGGCGUUUGCCACGCCGACGAAAUAGGUUACCUCUUCAGUACAUUUCUCACCGAAACGCCCUCGCCCGGAACAGUCGAAGACACCGCCCAACGGAGAUUCGUCCGAAUGUGGACGAACUUUGCGAAAUUCGCAAACCCGACUCCAUGUCGAGAUCCCCUCUUGGAAAACGUAAUUUGGACUCCUGCGGUCUGCCGCGAUAAUAUUCCGUAUUUAGAUAUAUCUGCAAACCUGGUGAUGCGCAGAAAUCCCGAGCCUGAUAGGAUGAAGUUCUGGAAAAAAGUGUAUUCCAAUGGAAGGCUUGUUUCGAAGUUGUAAUUUAAACUGUGUUGUUUGUUAUUAAAUAAUAAUUUUUG